UAUCUCGCACGCAGAUGUGAAAAUCCGUGAUAGGCGACAUUUGCCGAUCUCCGCCGAGAGAGCCGUGCCCCCGUGUUCCGGACCAAUCGCCUGACCGUGUCCUUUCACCGUCGGAAUUCGAAACUCGUGUCGUAAAAAAAAAAAGGAGAAAAGAAAAAACGGAGCAAAAGGCCGCGAUUGUACGAUAUCCUAUUCCCUUUCGACUGGUUGAACAAACGAUCGGGGGACCGCGACCAGACUCGUCGAAGGCCUCCUUGUCGCGAACCGGAUCGUGGAGCCGGAUGUGUCGAAGCGAAAAUCAUCGCGCGACUUUCCCGCGCGCGAAUUUCUCUCCUCUCGCGAUCGAUCGUUCGUGGAAACGAAACAGUUGGCGCGAAUUGCCGCGCCUGUUUGCAGAUUAGCUCGCGAGCUGAUAAGAUCCACGCACGAAUAUGUUGACGUGUUACAUGACCGCGUUGCAAUGCGAGUGGAUCGAGAAUCGCAGACGAUGGAAUCCAACGGGUGUGCCCCAGUCGCGAUUAAAGAAUAACGUCAGCGUCGAAGGUGCCACUCACAAGCAGGUGGUGGAUCUCAUCAAAUCUGGCGGCGAUGUUCUCACCUUGACUGUCAUCUCCGUGACGCCGCAGGAAGCGGAGAGGCUGGAGCCCUGCGAGGAUUUGAGCUAUGCGUCGGUAGAUUAUAGCGAGAAGCGAUCUCUGCCGAUCAGCGUGCCCGAUUAUCACGUACGUGAGAGGAAACAUGAGCGUUACGUAGUCUUCAACGUCCAUAUGGCCGGCAGGCACUUGUGUUCGCGUCGAUAUCGGGAAUUCGCGGCAUUGCACAUGGCACUGAAGAAGGAGUUCAUAGGCUUCAAUUUCCCAAAGCUACCAGGAAAAUGGCCGUUCCAAUUGAGCGAGCAACAGCUCGAUGCAAGGAGGCGUGGUCUCGAACAGUAUUUGGAAAAAGUAUGUGCGGUGCGCGUGAUAGCGGAGAGCGACGCGAUGCAGGAGUUUCUCACCGAUCGAUUAGAGGAGGAUGGGGAUCAGGGACCUGCAGUCGAUCUCAAAGUUCUAUUGCCGGAUCGGGAAGUCGUCACUGUGACUGUCCCGAAAGCGGCGUCAGUAAAGGACGUUUACGAUGCGGUUUGCUCCCGAGUCGGUUUAGACGCGGAGACGGCCAAGUACUUCUACCUAUUUGAGAUUGUCGAGUACAAUUUUGAGCGGAAGCUGCAACCUCACGAACACCCGCAUACUUUAUACAUUCAGAAUUACUCGACUGCCAGCGCGACGUGUCUAGCGAUAAGGAGGUGGCUUUUUAAUGUAAAUAGGCCUCUGAGCGAGCAGGCGUUGACUUGGAUAUUCUGGCAAACGAUCGACGAGGUGAACAGGGGUCAUAUCACCGCGGGCGAAAGAUUGUAUCAGUUGAAGGCUCUGCAGGAUGCGUCCAGAAAGCACGAGUAUCUAAAACUGGCGAGGGAACUCAGCGGUUACGGUGACAUCGUGUUCCCGCAUUGUCCAUGCGACUCGAGGAAGGAGGGCCACGUGGUACCGGCGGUAGGUACAGCCGCUUUUAAGCUGCACGCCGCAAAGGAGGACGGUACUCUGGAGUCGCAGGUGGUGGAGUUUCAAUGGAGCACGAUCGCCCGAUGGGAGGUGGACGAGGAUGGGAUGGCGUUCUGCUUCCAGUACACGCGCCAGGACAAUCGUCCGCCGCGCUGGCUCAAGGUCUUCACACCUUACUAUACGUUCCUUUCGGAUUGCUUCGAUCGAAUAGCCGAGGAAGCGAAAUGGGAUGACCCAGGGGAAUGACGUAAUGCUCGACGCUAAGGAGGCAUCUUGGUGCGUAACUGAUCGACGAUGUUUCUUCAGCAUUUGCCUCUCUCCGAAAUUUUUUUAUUUAGGAAAUCUAGCAAUCCUGUAGACCGAGUUGCCGUUAGUGCGUGUACUUUUAGCAUAUCAAAUUUUUCCAUCUAUUGGCUUCACUGUUGUAUUCAGAACACCUACCGAUGCUGCACCGAUGGAGAGAGCGUUUGCUUGCUUACGUUAUCGGAAGAAGUCACGCGUAUAAAUGUAAAUAUUCAUUCCGGUGCCAACUGAUGCCGGAAUGGAAUUUAAACGAACAUUCGAUAUACGAGACAUUCGCAAAUUAGGUAAAUAAUAUCUGUUUGAGAGAACAGAAUGUGAUGAAUAAAUUCACGCCAUUGCUCGUCCGCCAUGAUAUGGUGUAGCUUUCUUUUGACGAGAGUUAUGAAUUUGAUUUUUAUAAAUACAGUUCGAGCUCCUUCGUGUUUCGUCGCGAUGAGAUGCGCGCAGUUUCUCCUUUCUUUUACGAAGGACGAAAUUGCAUACGCAUUCCAGGACACGCAAGAGAAUUAAAGUACGUUAGUGGGCAGCUACGUAGAUUAUAUUAUAUCACGAGGAGAUACGCGGUCGCCCGCCUAGAAAAAAAGGAAGAAAUAAAACCACCUAUCCUUUUGGCCUAUAAGUUGUUACACAUAUAGCGAUUCUCGAUCGCCGAUGAGAGAAUGAAUCGAAUUAUACAUGAAACGUUCCUCCUUGCUCGCCUAAAAGAUAGAAACCUGAAGCUCUUUCCUUCUUCUUUGGAUUUGCGUGUGAGUGUGUCGAUCGAGAGAAGUAUAUCAUAUACUGUGUGCAUUUUCUAAUGUGCAAUAUUUCAUAAUUUCGUAUGAAUUUUUGUCCAUUCGCUUUACGCAGGAUACUUUAAAAUCGAGUAUAUUUCUAAGGAUGGUUUUUUAACCGAUCAUUGUAUGACUCGAAAUAGUCGUCGUUCAAAUAAGCCUUUCUAUUCGCAUUUUUCUUUGAUUUCAAGAUUAAGAACAUAAAUUUCGAAAGAAGAAAUAGAUACAUAUCAUUCUAGACCUAUUGAUAAUCGCAUAUUGUUAUAAUUGCAUGAAAAAGCAAGGAAUUUUCCCUCUCUUAUCUUUCCAUUAAAUUAUCCUGUGUAAUAUGCAUUUGUUUAAUGCACACGCAAUUCAUAUGUAACAAAUCGAUCCUCUACACGUUUUAUUAAUUCAUUAAUAAGUGUAGGAUAUUAGCGGUAAUGAAA